ACACGAGUCUGUAAAGGCGCGGCAAAUCGCGGUUUGAAGAUCGCUGAUCGGUCGGUUCAAAUAUAUAGCAGUGCCUGGAGUCUGCUGACCCCUUUCAGUUCAAUUUCACAAAAACUAAGCCGGAAAUGUCGCUAAUUAACUUGAAAUCGAAAGACAUGUACGACGAACCGAUUAAUCUAUGGAGGACUAAGCAACGCGUCCAUUAUCACCACGAUGUGAUAUCGAAAGGAAAUAACGGUCACAGAUCCUCCGAUGCCUGUGAAUACAUAACUAUAAGUGCGCCAAAGAAAUCGGCCUCGUUCUCCAGAUCCCCCCCGAACUCGCUGCCCCCUUCGGUUCCCGGAACUCCACCCCAUUCGGUGGCCGCCACCUCGAAUCAGGUGAUCCGUUACGCCAGAACGUCCUGUGAUCACUGUGGCCACCACAGUAUUCCGGUCAUGUCGCCGCAUCCCAUCUCACCGCUGGCCAAGUCGCAGACGAACCUCGAUCUCGUGGAGCACGCCAGUCAGCGGCAGGCCCUCCUCCCACUGCCCACCAUCGGGAUCCACCGCGAUGACUCCGCUUGCACCUUGCAGGUGUCCCGCAGGCCAUCGCUGCUCCUCCAGGAGAUCCUCACCCAGCGUCCUCCGCUUUUUGGGAGGAAGGACGGCAACGGGUUCCUUUCGCCAAGGACUGCCAAAAAUGGUAACCUUCAGGGAACAGCGAGUGGCAGUACAGCGACCAUAAAUUUCCAGAGCGGCACCACGAGUGCCAGGAAUGGAUCCACAGCCUGUUUCGACAAUGGAGCCAAAAGCUAUCAGGCCAAGCAGCAGAAGGAAAAGAACCGACGCACUGGCAACGAUGCCAUAAGUUCAGCACUGUCGGCCACCUAUUGCAAGCUGUUGGUGCUGCUCGGCGUUUGUCUGCCCAUCACAGAAGUUAUAUCCGACCAGAUACCCACCUAUGUGUACCAGGGAUUCUACGUAUAUCUCUAUGUGGGCAGCAUACUCUUUGUGAUUUUCCUGUACAUCAGUGCCUUUCGAAAUCGAUCGCUUUUCAAUGCUCUCAAGGACUUUCAUGAAAAGAAUAGCAAUGUGCAUCUAAAGCACAAGGUAACCCAUUUUGGUAGCUUCUAUCUGAGAGUGGGAGCCAUUGCCUUUGCCAUUGGCACCAUGGUGUAUUCUGGCCUGGAGUUCGGUCAGUUUUUUGAGUUGAAUGGCCAUCCCGGCUGUCGCGAUGUCUUCGUGGCCAUCACACCCAUCUGCCGAAUGGUCCUGUGCAUCGCCCAGGUGCAGUUCAUCUUCCUGAACACCACUUACAUGGACAUGGCCCGGCAUAAGGUGACCUCGCGAUUCGGACUCAUGCACAUGGUGGCCACCAACCUGUGCGAGUGGCUGUAUGUCCUGGUGGAGGAGACCAAGCACGAGAUUUUCCACAUCAGUCAGCACGAGGUGGAUCCUGCCCACGAUUUGGUCAGUCACAAUGGCGGCAAUAGAACGGACUGGUCGGCGGUCAAUGAGUCGCUGCACCAGCACCAUCACCACAAUCUCAUCAACAACACCCUGCUGGGCAAUGUGAGUUCUGUGAUCGCGAACAUCACGGUGACGCCAUCGCCCACGGCGGCUGCCUUCAGUGGCUGCUCCCGCACCACGAUUAUGGGUGCUCUGGUCCAGCAGCUGUCCCCCUUCCUGUUCCCCUGCACCAUCGAGUACUCCCUGAUCUGUGCCGUGAUCCUUUUCGAGAUGUGGAAGACUGUCAAGUCCAUUCCGGAUAUCGACAAGACCCGCAAGAAUUCCGUCAAACCAGUUGCCGCUAAGCCCGCCCAUCACUUCUCCGUGGAUUGCUCGCAGUCGCACAAGGGCCUCUUCUUCGGCAUCUUGAUUAUAGUGAUGACCAUUAUCGCCAUGAUCAUGUACUUCGUGCUCUACACACAGCCGGGCUAUGAACUGGUGGCCACUCAGGAGGUUACUCUGUGGGAGACCUUCAUGUACUUCAUGUGCGCAUCGGCUGUGAUAACGGGCAUGAUUCUAAUGCGCGAUCUGCGCUACAUCAAGGACACCAGCGACGAGCACCACUCGAUGGAUCUGGACAAUCUGCUGCUGAUUGUGGCCCAGACCGGCGUGUACUUGUACGGCAUGUUCAGCAUUCUGGGCAGCUACUUUGCCAAGUGGGACACGGUGCCCGAUCGCGUGGAGGGCAUCAUAGCGGAGGUGUUCGGGGUGGUGCAGACCUCACUGCAGACCAUGUUCAUCCUGCACGCCAGCCAUCGGCGGUGCAAGGGGGCCAAGCAGGUGCGGAGGAAGCCGGGCAGGGAGAUCAUCACGUUCCUGCUGGUGGCCAACAUUGCCAUCUGGUUCGUGAACACCCUGAUCAAGGGACGGGCCGUGUUCCGGGAGACCCAUCUAGAGUUCUUUGGCGUCUGGGGCUGGACGAUCAUCACUCACAUCUCCAUGCCGCUGGCCAUCUUCUAUCGCUUCCACUCCACCAUUUGCCUCUUCGAAGUGUGGAAAAUCACCUACAAGGCCAAGUCGCAUUAGGAGCCAACUGUUGAUUAGUUUUCUCUAGCUUUCCUUCGAUUAAGUUAAUUUAAAGACCAAGCGUCUACUUGCGAACUUUAGUUAAAGUAUGUUUAGGUUUGAAAUUUGUUGACAUUGCUAGCUCAAAAUAAAGAUUUAAUUUAUUAA